CGGCGGACACUCUCGUGUUAAUUGCCGCGGGUGAUUAAUUAGAACACAGCAUUAAUUAGGAAAAAUUCCCCCAUGCAACAUGGAGAGUAUAUAUAAAGUAAGCGGCGUCCGGUCUUCGUCACAGCAAGAUUGGACUGCGGUGAUCUGACAAAAAGAAAACGCAAUGAGGACCCUACUUUCUCUACUCGCCGUCACUUUGGUGCUUGCUUGCGUAUCCUGCACAUACCCAGGUUACAUGGGCGGAGGAAUCCAGGCUGGGUACAUGCGAGGACCUAUGGGUGCCAUAGGUGGAUACAGAUACGGUGCAAUAGGCGGAGGAUACCCCAUGCCUUACGGCGGAGGGAUGUACGGGGGCGGAAUGUACGGGGGUGGAAUGUCCGGGGGUGGAAUGUACGGGGGGUACCCCUCAAUGUACGGCGGCGGAAUGUAUGGGGGCGGCGGAAUGUACGGGGGCGGCGGAAUGUACGGGGGUGGAAUGUACGGGGGCGGAAUGUACGGGGGAGGAGGUUAUGGAGGUUACCCUUCAAUGGGCGGCGGUGGAUACAGAUACAAGAAGAACUAUUACUAAGACGUUUUAAGACACUGUGUGACCUCCCUUGACGACGACCGACUUACAUUUGUUUGUGUUAUGUUAUGUGUAGAAUAUCUUAGAAAAUAAAGCAUUUCUUUAAGAAACAAGAA